UCGUCGUGACGUCACAUUCAUUGAUUGUCACUGUCGUCUGUCACUGAAAAGAAAGCAUUUUUCUGAAGUACUUUUCUUUCGACUUCGACUUCAUUUUGAUUUUGUUUUGUACAAUGUAUCGUAUGUAUAAUUUACAGAAAAUUAUCCCCAAAAAUUUAUCAAUUUUAAGAUUUACCAUUUGUAAGUAUUCUCAUAAUACCACUACACCUGAGGUGGCAGAACAAACCGAAAAAGCUAGAGAUGAGUCAAAAAGGCCUCAAUCUAAGAGGUUGGAAGAAUUCCGAAAGAAGUUGAGAGAAACUACUCCAAUUAAUGAUCUCGGAGAGCAACCUACAAUGCAUCCAUCUCAAAAGGAUGAAAAUCCACUGCCUCCAUGGCCCAAUGACAUUAAUCCUCAUACUGGAGAAGUAGGUGGGCCUAGAGGACCUGAACCUACACGCUAUGGAGAUUGGGAAAGGAAAGGGAGAUGCACAGAUUUCUAACACUCUUUAUAGUUGUGAUUAAUUAAAAAUAUUUUAUUUGACUUUUGCAAUGAUGUGAAGAUUAGAUGAUUAUUAGUCUUAAAAAUAUCUGUGAUGUCAGCUGUAGAUAUCUUUUAAUGUGUUAUCUAUUCUAGAUUGCAGGUUCAGUGGGGAGAGUGAAGAUAUUCCAACAAAUUAAAGUUGUGGAUUUUUAUUCCUGCUGUAUAACUGUUCCAAACUAUUAUAAUAAUUAUUACCUGUUGUAUAACAAUAAUAGCUUCCUAUAAAGGAAAAAAUAGCAAAGCUGAAAUAUUAUAAAGGUACUUAAUUUUCAUAUAAUUCAUGGAAUAGUUACUAUUUAUAAAGCAACAUUUAAGAUCUUGUCAGUUACUACUACUAUUACUAUAAUAGAUAGUAUUGUUUUCAUUCAUAACUUAUUAGUCUUAGGAUUCUUUAGAAAUAAAAAUUGUUGAAAUGUUA